AGAGGCGCGCCGGUCCUCCGGCCGUAGAAGACAUGCUGCUGCCGAGCAAUGAGACGGCGCGCUGGUCAGACAUACUGGACACCAACCGGACGGAGGAGGAGGACCAGGUCGGCCCGGAGGCCGUGAUAGUCCCCGUCAUUUUCGGAGUCAUAUUCUUACUCGGCGUCGUCGGUAACACCCUGGUGAUGGUGGUCAUCGGGAGGAUUAAGUCGGGGAAGCGCUCCAAAAGCACCACCAACAUCUUCAUCCUGAACCUCAGCAUUGCGGACCUGUCCUUUUUGCUUUUCUGCGUCCCCUUUCACGCAACUAUUUACUCGCUGCCGGAGUGGAUAUUCGGCGCGUUUCUGUGCAAAUUCGGCCACUAUUUUGUCACGGUCAGCAUGCUAGUAAGCAUCUUCACACUCGUGGCUAUGUCGGUGGACAGAUACGUAGCUGUGGUGCACUCCAAGAAGUCGCCGUGCAUUCGUAACAGGAGGAAUGCCCUGAUCGGAGUUGGUGUGAUUUGGACACUGUCCUUAAUCUUUGCCGUCCCGGUGGCACAGCACCAAAUAGUAACCAACCACCCUGAAGCGCCAAACAGCACAUUUUGUUGGGAGAAAUGGUUCGGGCCUUCAAAACACACAUAUAAAGUGACAAUCUUGGUCAUAGGUUAUCUGCUGCCUUUGGCGUUGAUCAUAUGCUGCUACGCAAAGGUGUUGUUCCAUCUUCAUAAAAAGAUGAAGAAUAUGUCCAAGAAAUCUGAACACUCAAAAAGAAAGACAGCUCAGACGGUGCUGCUGGUAGUUACGGCCUUCCUCAUCUGCUGGAUGCCCUAUCACAUUAUUGCCAUGUGGGUGGAGUUUGGCACCUUCCCCCUGAAUGAUGCAUCCUUUGCCUUCCGCAUCGUCUCCCACUGCCUCUCCUACGGCAACUCCUGCAUCAACCCCAUCCUAUACGCUUUCCUGUCAGAGAACUUCCGCAAGGCCUGUCGCCAAGUCUUCACAUGUCACUUCCUGUACCCAUCGCCCCCGGCGAAGAAAGUGGUACGCAUGCGCAUGGAGAACUUCUCUACCACACACUCCACCACCAACAUAUGAACGGAUCCAGAGACAGAGAGGAUGUGAUCAGCAAUGCUGGAAUAGUUUUAAAAUUGCAAGAUCUCAUUAUAGAUAAAUGGGAGUCUCUUGGCUAAUUAACUGUUGUUGCCAGCUCUAUGGCUUAUAGUAUUGUGGUAUUAGGCAGGACAUGUAGUGUUGAUUAUGUCAUUGGCUAUUCAAUAUAGUGAAGUCCUAUAGGUUUAGCUACAGACGGCUGUUUUUUCAUGUCAAAAAAUGAGGAAAU